AUGUCGCCGCACACAGUCAAGCGAAGGAAGCUCAGCCCUGAGCUGACUGGUGCCAGCCAGUCUAAGACGACAAACCAGAUUGCCGCGAACGCAACCGAAUCGAAGGAAGGGAAGACCGGUUCAGCCUCCUCUACCCGCAGAGAUGGGCUCCCGGCAAAGGGUUCUUCGGGUAGCAGGGCCAAGGAUGACCGUUCUGCCGAGCUUGCAAUGGCCAGUGGUCUCUACAAGUCCAGUUUCUUCAAGCUACAGAUGGAUGAGCUCUUAUCUGGACUUAGACCGAACUACGACAAGCGCAUCUCAAAGCUCCAAGAUACCUUGCACAAAUUGAAAGAUGUCAUCGAAAGACUACCUGACCGGCCGCCGAAACCUGUCGCGGAUGCGGAGAAGGAGAUUCGCAGUCUCUCAGCUGGAGUCUCCAUUCCUUGGCCCGAACCCCGACCUGCGAAGGAUGCGAAAUACACCUUGUCCUAUGCGAAACCUGCAAAUAUCAACGUGGUCGGAAGUUUUGCAUUGAGAACUGGGGCUAAAACUUUGGUCUCGCGCCCAGUUGAUCUGGCCGUAACCAUCCCUAACUCCGUCUUUCAGGAGAAGGACUAUGUCAACUACCGAUAUUUUUACAAGAGAGCCUACUACGUUGCUUGUAUUGCAGCCGGUAUUCAGGAUGCCAUGAAUGAUCUUGGCUGGGAGGUGAAGUUUGGGUUCCAAGACGGCGAUAGUCUUCGCCCUAUAAUCCUGUUGGAACCUCGCUCCACCCCUAAAGAUGACAUCUCGAUACAGUCGCGUUCUCAGAUCCGAAUCCUCACUGCAAUUGAACCAACGCUGUUUCCAGUCACCCGGACCCUACCGGCAAAAAGCAACGUUCGACAGGCCUCCACAACAGAGCACUCGAAAACUGGUGAAGCGACCCCUUUCUACAACGCAAGCCUGCGAUCCGAAGCCACUGUUUCGCUCUACCAUAAACACCUCCAUCUUGCAACCCAAAAAUGUGAAUCGUUCCGUGAUGCUUGUAUCCUGGGACGCACGUGGCUGCAGCAACGAGGCUUUUUCUCUUCAUUCCAAACUGGAGGGUUCGGCAGCUUCGAAUGGGCCGCACUCGUGUCUCUCUUGUUUGAGGGCGGUGGUCCUACUGGUCAACCGAUUCUCAUGCGUUCUUACAGCAGCUAUCAAAUAUUCAAGGCUGUCAUGCAAUUCCUGGCUGGUCGAGACCUAACGACUCCGUUGCUCUUUUCCGCGACAGAUAUCUCAGUUCCGCAUGGUGGCCCUGUGAUAUACGAUGGCUGCAGAGGACUGAAUAUUCUGUAUAAGAUGACACCAUGGUCUUAUGCAGCUCUCCGUCAUGAAGCCAUAUUCACUCUCAAAAUGCUUAACGAAUCGCGAGAAGACAACUUUGACCGUGUGUUUAUUGUUAAGGUUGAUGAGCCAGCCUUGCGCUUCGAUCGUCUCAUUUCCUUCCCUAAAUCUUUCCACGGUGAUACUCUUCGAGCUCUUCGCGAGCAAAACGCUCUUUACACCGUUCUCUCUAGGGCUCUCGGGGAUCGCGUCAAACUGAUUUCUCUAGCAAGCCAUUCCGCUGAUUCUUGGUCAGUGCGUUCCAAAGCACCGGCCAAGAAAGCGAGCUAUGAUCUGUCUGUGGGGCUUUUACUUGACGCUGAAAAUGUCUCUCGAGUCGUCGAUCACGGUCCUCCGGCCGAAGAGAAAGAAGAGGCAGCGUCAUUCCGAGCUUUCUGGGGGCAGAAGUCCGAACUUCGGCGAUUCAAGGAUGGAAGCAUUAUGGAGAGUCUUGUGUGGUCCGACCAGCCAUCAGAAGAUUCCAUUGUGCAUCAGAUCUUGGUGUGCAUUCUGGAACGCCAUUUUCAGAUACCGGAGGACGAUUUCCUACUCACUGGAGACGAGUACGAUGAUUUGCUCUAUGAUGAGGGCGAUGGAAUCGUAGCCUAUACCAGCUCUCCCUUCCAAUCUAUCAAUGAGGCUUUCAGCGAACUGGAGCAGUCCAUUCGAAGCAUGGAAGAAGUACCUUUGGAAAUCAGACACCUGGCUCCAGCCAGUCCACUUCUUCGUUACACUGCUCUUCGAAUUCAGGGACAUGGUGGGGCUCAUGAGCCCGCAGAUGUCGUUCUCCAGUUUGAAAGUUCAGCACGCUGGCCUGAUGACUUUGCCGCCAUUCAAAUGACGAAGGCAGCUUUCCUACUGAAGAUCGGAGACUCCCUGCAUGCCUACCUCGACAUUAUUCACACUUCUGGCUUCCUGUUCCGUUUAAGAAUCCACCAUGAGCGUGAGCAGACACUGCUUGAGCGUCACUUGAAAGACAAGAGCAUUAGCCCACGGGAACGGGAAGAGGCGGCCUAUGCCCUAUUUGCAUACAAAAAGAAUUUCGUGCAAGCUCCUCGCUUGACUCAGGCAUUCCGCAGUCUCUGUACUCGGUUUCCAUUGUUGUCACCAACAAUUCGCCUAGUCAAAUUCUGGUUCAGCUCCCACCUCUUUUCUGCGCAGAUCUGCGAAGAACUGAUCGAGCUGAUGACAACUCGAGCCUUUACCCAACCAUACCCUUGGAACAGCCCUUCUAGCAUCAUGACUGGGUUCCUACGCACUCUGCAUUUCCUGUCUCGUUGGGACUGGCAACAAGAGCCUUUCAUCCUUGAUCUGAGCGGAGGUCUGAGCUCGGAGGUCAUUGAAAACAUUCGGACUCGGUUUACUGCAUGGCGCAACAUCGAUCCCGCAAUGAACACUGUUGCACUUUUCGCUGCGUCAGACAUCGACACUGAAGGCGUGACCUGGACACAAUAUGAGAUGCCCUCAAAGGUUGUAGCCGGUCGAAUGUCCGUCCUGGCGAAGGCGGCGAUUAGUCUACUACGCACACAAGGGCACGAUCUGGAUGUGCCCGAUCUCUUCCAAACCUCCCUUGCCCCGUAUGACUUUGUCAUUCACCUACGAUCAAAGAUGCUCGGUGACCACUCAGCCGUAUCCAAAUUCAAGAAUCUGGCAGAGACCCCGGUCCCCGGUCGUGCAAGCAAGAUCGCUAUCAUCAAGGCAUUUGUUCGUGAUGUUCAGGCGUGCUACAGCCAAAGUGUAUUGCUUUUUCAUGGCAACGAGAGCUGCAAUGUCGUUGCCGGGCUAUGGAACCCACAGGUACUGAAGCCACGCAAUUGGAACUUGAAAAUAGCCUAUUCGACGGUACCUGCAUCUGUUUCUGAUUCCAAGGAAAGUGAGAAUUACGCCAAAAUAAACCAGCCAGCAAUACUGAACGAGAUCGCACGUCUGGGUGACGGAAUCAUUGAGACAAUUGAGACCGGCAAGGUGGAUGUUCGAGCAUAG